AUGAAUAUUGGUAAUGAACUGUAUUCAAACUUGUCAUGUUUAGCACAACAAUCAUUUUUAUUGUUUACAGAAUUGCCUUCACAACUUACAGUAUUUGACACAGAUUUUGUUUUAGAGUACAGUGAGAGCUAUAGCGGUAACGUAAUAGGAGACUAUUUGAUUGAAGGGUAUCAAUACUGUGUUCCAUUUGACAGAUCAUUUGAAAUGCUCCUGGCAGAACACUAUUGUGCAUUCAUUUUAACAAUUGACUCCAAUGCUGUUUGCAUAUUUUUCACUAAUGAUGGCAAGUAUAAAAUUUUUGACUCUCAUUCAAAAGAUAUUUAUGGCAGAAGUCAUCCACAAGGAACAUGUGUGCUGUUAGAAGCACCAAAUAUCAACAAUGUAAUUCUGUAUUUCCAGUCUUUAUACAGUGAAAACAGUCAAUUUCAACUAAGAGGAAUAAAUAUUGAAGAAGUACAAGCCAAUGGUGGUCAGAACUUAAACAACAGUAUUAGAAAUUCUGACCUGUCAGGUAAUGGCUCAGAAGAAUCGAAAAGUGCUGACGUUUCUCGGUUGUGUAGACAAUGUUGUGCAAUUUCAUUAUACUCAAUUUGUUAUUCUGUUAUUAAAGCAUGUAAUUACUGGAAUUCAAGUACAGUAUCUGCAGUUGUUUACUUUGGCACUAAUUUGUACAACAACACUGGAAUAAAUGCAUCUAGUGAUAUACCUUAA